AAGCGGUAUUCACAAUUGCAUCUGGUUGGGUCCGUAGCCAUUUUGGCUCAAGGCCUCUGCAGUUGCGCGCCCCGCCCCCCUCCGCGCGGCAGAACGCCCGAUGGCGCUCCCCACCCGGGUCUCGGCGGCCCUGGCGCUCGUCCUGGCGGCGGCCGGGGCGGCGCCCCCCGAGGGCUGCGCCGCGGCGGCCGAGGAGGGCGACGGGGUGGGGCUGCUGCAGGCGGCGGGCCGCAGCGCGCAGGUGCGGAGCCGCUCCGACACGCCGAGUGGGGGGUGGGUUCCCCGGACUGCGAGGUGCGGCGUCGUGGACGUGAAGUGCGGGACGGGCUGCUGCUCGGUGACCAGCACGUGCACCUCGGACCAGAAGUGCAGGCCGCUGUUCGGCGGCAUCGUGGAGCCCACCCCAGGCAAGCUCGGGUGCCCGGUCGCCUUCAAAGACUUCGGCGACGGCGGCUGUUGUCCUGUGGCCACGCUCCUGGGCCCGCCAGAGACGUGCGUGGGGCUGCUCGGGCGGGUCGCCGACCUGCACGGAGGGCGGUGAGCUGCCCGCGGGCGCGUUGACUGGCAUGGUGAUCCUCGGCAAAAAAAGUGACGCCGACUGUCUCGCGGACCUGCGCGCUCGACGGGAAGAGCUGCUACGAGUACCCGGUGAACACGGCAAGUGCCCAGAUCGCGAGCGGCACCUCCAGUCCAGAUUGUAAUCAUUGAUGUGGGGGCGAUGAUCAUGCAGCCUUUUUUUGGUUUUGAAGCCCCCGAGGCACUGAGUCAGCCGCCGGUGCCAGAGCGCGCGUCCCCCUCCUGCCUUCUCUCUCCUUGCGGUGCCCCCUCCGCUCCUCCCCUUGCUCCCGCGCGGGCGCCGCGCUCGAGCACGGGUGGGCUGGCGCCGCCGGCUGGCUUCGACGGCGCUCCAGGCGCGAGAGCAGAGCAGAACAAAAGAGACAACUGCAUAUGGUUGGGUCUUUUCGCCAG